UGGGGGCACUGAGCCAGGCUGGAAUGGGGGCAAGGGCAGGGCUGCCCCCUUCCCAAACUGGACGGUGUGCCAGGAAGCGGCGCUGGGCAGGGGAGCUGGAAAGGCCAGGGGUGGGCAGCGGGGGUGAGGGCGGGGGCUGGGCAGCAGGCCGGGAAGUGGCAGGACCAGGGUGGUCUGGGCACAGCUGGGCUCCUCUCUCUGGCGCCCACCCUCCUUUGGAAGCCCCCUGUCCCGUCCCAGCCGGCUGUGUAGCCCCAACUCUGGCCCUCGGCCCCUGCCUGCCCCAGGCUCCCUCCGACGGGCUCACCUGGGCCCCUGGGGCUCGGGGAGGCCGGUCCCAGCCUGGUCCAGCCCCUGGAACCAGGCCCCACCAGCCAGGUGGCCUCGGGCGCUGCCAAUCCCCUAGCCCGGCCCCGCCCCGCCCCUCUGCCCGCCUCCGCCGGCCCCUCCUCAGGUGAGGCCACCGGCCUAGCAGGCCCCUCGCUGCCGCUGCUGCCUCAGCCCGGCGCCCUGCUGCGGGGCCACCAUGCUCCUGCCCAGGCCAGGAGACUGACCGCAGCCCGCACCAUCUCUCAGCUCCACCAGCACCCGCCGGACCCCAGGGUAAGGACAGCGGGGCCCUCGGUCCCCGGGCCAGCACCUGGGUCCCGCCACCCCCUCCCUAGCCUCGUCUCCUGCACCCCGCGAGGGCUCUAGUACUCAGAGCCAGCGAGACCUGGGGGGGCUCUGGGCCCCCCUUCUCCAGAUGCUGAUUGGGCCCCAGGCCUCCCCCUCGGACCUGCGUCCAGACCCCCCAAGCCUCUCCCCCCUCCUACCGAGAAGUGCCGGCGACCCCCACACCCUGCUGUCCCCUAGAGCCAGGAACCGGGGCUCUGUCCCCUGCUUCUCCAGGCCCGGGGACACACACACGCUGCCCUUGUCCCUCUGAGUCCGGCACGGGCCCCCCCCCACAGGCCCGGCAUGCUGGUGUCCCCCCCGGCCCCUGGUCAGACACUGACCCCAUCCUUGAACCCAGCCCCAUCUGCGGCUGUGACCACAGCCCGUGCUGGCCCAGACCCAGUCCCCGCUGCCCGCCUGGAUGGGCGCCUGGGGGCUGGGCACCGGGCUGGACUGGCUCUGCCCGGCCCUGCCUCUGCUCACCUCCCCACAGGUCCUGCCCCGGCCCAGGAGGUCAGCCGGGGAAUCAUUAACGAGAGGCCGUGACAUGGCGGAGAAGGAGGGUGGCCGGAACGUCCCAGGCUGCUCCGGACCCAAGGUGGCAGCGUUGGCAGUGGGAACGCUCCUGCUCCUGACAGGCAUCGGGGCGGCGGCCUGGGCCAUCGUGACCGUGCUCCUCAAGAACGGCCAGGAGCUGAUGUACCCAGUGCAGCUCAGCCCCGCGGACAGCCGGCUCAUGGUCUUUGACGAGACGGAGGGGACGUGGCGACUUUUGUGCUCCUCGAGGUCCAACGCCAGGGCGGCAGGUCUCAGCUGCGAGGAGAUGGGCUUCCUCAGGGCGCUGGACCACUCGGAGCUGGACGUGCGGACGGCGGGCGCCAACGGCACGUCGGGCUUCUUCUGCGUGGACGAGGGCCGGCUGCCCCACGCCCAGAGGCUGCUCGAGGUCAUCUCCGUGUGUGACUGCCCCAGAGGCCGUUUCCUGGCUGCCGUUUGCCAAGACUGCGGCCGACGGAAGCUUCCCGUGGACCGGAUCGUGGGGGGCCGGGACACCAGUCUGGGCCGCUGGCCCUGGCAAGUCAGUCUCCGCUACGACGGCUCGCACCUGUGCGGGGGCUCGCUGCUGUCCGGGGACUGGGUGCUGACCGCCGCCCACUGCUUCCCUGAGCGCAACCGUGUGCUGUCCCGGUGGAAGGUGUUCGCCGGCGCCGUGGCCCAGGCCUCGCCCCAGGGGCUGCAGCUGGGCGUGCAGGCGGUCGUCUACCACGGGGGCUACCUUCCCUUCCGGGACCCCAACAGCGAGGAGAACAGCAACGACAUCGCCCUGGUGCACCUCUCCAGCGCCCUGCCCCUCACAGAAUACAUCCAGCCCGUGUGCCUCCCCGCUGCUGGCCAGGCCCUGGUGGACGGCAAGGUCUGUACGGUGACCGGCUGGGGGAACACGCAGUACUAUGGCCAGCAGGCGGGGGUGCUCCAGGAGGCGAGGGUCCCCAUCAUCAGCAGUGACGUCUGCAACAGCCCCGACUUCUAUGGGAACCAGAUCAAGCCCAAGAUGUUCUGUGCUGGCUACCCCGAGGGUGGCAUUGACGCCUGCCAGGGCGACAGCGGGGGCCCCUUCGUGUGUGAGGACAGCAUCUCGAGGGCACCACGCUGGCGGCUCUGUGGCAUCGUGAGCUGGGGCACGGGCUGUGCCCUGGCCCAGAAGCCGGGCGUCUACACCAAAGUCAUCGACUUCCGGGAGUGGAUCUUCCAGGCCAUCAAGACUCACUCCGAGACCAGCGGCAUAGUGACUCAGCUCUAACCCGUGGCUUCUCCCCGUUGCACACAUUUCUGGGGUCCGGCGGACAAAAGCGCCCCACCCCACAAGGUGGGCCUACCUGGGACGGAGCAUGCUCCUUCCUGCGUCCAGCCCACAGCAAAAGGACACCCCCUCCAGGGGCCUCUCUUCCACAGUGGCGGGCACACUGGGCCCUGGGAACACCUCCGCUUCACCUGAUCCCCCCCUCCCUCCCUCCUCCCAUGUAAAUAUUGUUCUGCCAUCUGGGAGCCCUCCCCUGGGUGUUCCUGAUGACAGAUGCUCUUUAAAUAAUAAAGGUGGUUUUGAUUAGUGUGGCCUCA